AUGAUAAGGUAAGCAGGGUGAUGUUCUCUGAGAGUUCUACAUCUCUAGGUCUCUGGUCUCUCUGGUGUUCUAGAUCUCUAGGUAUCUAGUCUCUGGUGUUCUAGAUCUCUAGGUAUCUGGUCUCUCUGGUGUUCUAGAUCUCUAGGUCUCUGGCCUCUGGUGUUCUAGAUCUCUAGGUCUCUGGUCUCUCUGGUGUUCUAAAUCUUUAGGUAUCUGGUCUCUCUGGUGUUCUAGAUCUCUAGAUUUCCGUUCUCUGGUUUCUAGAUCUCUGGUCUCUCUGGUGUUCUAGAUCUCCAGGUUCCUGGUCUCUGGUGUUCUAGAUCUCUAGGUCUCUGGUCUCUCUGGUGUUCUAGAUAUCUAGGUCUCUGGUCUCUCUGGUGUUCUAGAUCAUUAGGUAUCUGGUCUCUCUGGUGUUCUAGAUCUCUAGGUUUCUGAUCUCUGGUGUUCUAGAUCUCUAGGCCUCUGGUCUCUCUGGUGUUGUAUCAUUGUUCACAGUUUGACCAAGAAACAAUACAUGAUAUGACAUGCAAGUAUCUGUGUUUGGAAAUACAAUACUGUAGUCUAUCAUAUAUCAGAUAUUGCAAUCAAUGUGUUGAUACAUUGGACAUUAUAGAGAGGAACAUGACAAUGAUCGUGUGUGAUUGAUUUUAGGUUGUUUUAUAUAAUAUAACAUUUUAUUUAGUUUGUGGUCUGAUUUCUGGGUGUGAAAGCCCUCAUGCUGAUAAUGAAAACUAGCAGUAGAACCCUUUGUUCAAUGCAUGGAAAUUCUGUCCUGGGUCUGUUUUGAUAGGGAAGGUGAAGUGUGUGUGUGUGUGUGUGUGUGUGUAUGUGUGUGUGUGUGUGUGUGUGUGUGUUUGUGUGUGUGUAUGUGUGUAUGUGUGUGCGUGUGUGCGUGUGUGCGUGUGUGUGUGUGUGCUCAAAUCCAACUGAUGCCUUGAAAUACAGAUGAAACACAGGCGCCUUGAAGGCUAAAUAAAAAAUCCUGUUCACCGUGGCACCCUGCUGUCUCCUCAAUCUAAACAUUGCACCAGGUGUGUCCCAAAUGGCACCCUGCUAUUUCCUAUAUAGUGCAUUGAUUUCGACCAGAGCUCUGUGGGGAAUAGGAUGCCAUCUGGGAUGCAGACUCCAAAUUACUGUCCUCCUGGUUGGCCCAAUACAGCAGAUGUUAAUAAGAGGCCAAGUAGCAGCAAUGUUCAAGGAGGAAAAAAGAAGAAGAGUGAUGAUUCAUACUGCUAUUCCACUGAUACUGCCCAGCAUUUGAUCAGAGCAAUCUUCUUUGAAGAAAGCUGAACCAGAGAUGAGCCCUGAAAAAGAGCAAUCAUACUAACAAAUGACCCAUUCAUUUAAGGCCAUUUAAAUAAUACUCCUAACAAUCAUUCUUAUUUGGAAUUCUGACUGUAGUUCAAUUGCUGGCCACGAUUCCCUACGAUUCAUUUGCUUCAUUCAGAUUGAGGCAUGACCUCGAACAGCCUAUUGUGCUCUCUUCGCUCUAUUCUAUUGGAGGUUAUCUAAGAGGCACCACUGGUCUGGAUCACAGGGCCACUAUUGGCACUCUACUGAUCUCCAUCUGAAAAAAGAACUCCUACUUUUCUAAAUAUUUAAUGCGCUGAAAUGUUUUCCUCUAGUGGCCAUUCAUCCGUGAAAUUCACCAACUGUACUCUCACCCAAGCCUUUCUCCCUGUUCUUCCAUGUUAAGGCCAUGUCCAAUCUUUCGGAAUGGAAAAUUCUUCUUCUCUCACUAAAUAAAAUAGAUAGGAACACAUGUUUCCACAAUGACUUGUUUCACACUGAGAGUUCAGAACUUUUGCAAUGCCUGCAAGCAAUAGUGAAGCCAGGAAUUCUUGAAAGUGGAGGAUUGGCAAGAAGUACCAAACGAUGCCCCUGCGAUUACCAAUAUAGUGCAAGCUCUUCGGGAACCCCCUUCUGGGAUGUAACCUCUAGCCUGAGUGCCAGUCUGUUUGUACUAUAAUGCCAACUCCUUGUCACUCCUUGUGUUUGUCUUAACAAUGAGAGAGAGGUAUAUUUUCUGAGUCACCUAAAUAUUAACUGGCUUUCAUCAAGCUGUCCACUCAGAAAAAAGCUGCAACCUGGUUCAGGUUAUCUGUCAACCUAUCAGGGUAUUUAUAAACAGCACAGGAAAGAAAUCAUCCACAUGUAUUGAUCACACCUUUACUAAUGCUGCAAAAAUCUGCUCUAAAGCAGUAUCCAAAUCCAUCCGAUGUACAGUAGUGAUUGUGGUUGUGUGGAGGCUUGGCCCCUCACUGGCCAAUCAGAACGUGCUCCAUGGCGAAAUAUGUGGUUGCUUCAAGUUGUGUAUUUACGGUCUUUUAUGUAUUGCCUUGGAAUCAACUCCAAUUCCAAUGUUAGUCCGUUAUAAUUUGUUCAAUGGUUUACAGAAACGAAAUAACAAAAUGUAGACCUAUCUUUGCUAAAUACGUUAACUUGAACCCAUUUGCAGUCCACAUUGUUCUAAGUAAUUGCAUGGCUUCAAUAGCCUUCACAGGCUAGGCCUCCUAUAAAUUGCAUUAUGUCUGAGCAUGGACAUGCCAAACAUGGUCAAUAAGCAAGAUUAAAAGAAUGAUUGAUAAGGCCUAAAAAGAGAACAAAUAAUUAUAAUCAAAUUCUAAACAAAGCAACAACUUGUUUUAAAUAGGCUAUGUUACAUUUACAGGCACCGUCAUUUCUCCCCGUGGGCAUAUAAUAUUAAAACAACGCAGAUUAUGGAGGGUUUUAUGCACAUCCAAACUUUUCACAGUAGCUGGACAAAGAUCCAAUAUAAAGAGAAAGGGAGAAUGUCCACCCACCGUUAUACUGCUCCCAAAUAGGCCUAUGUUUUAUGAACAUAAUCGGAACCAUUUUACAGAUCAGAUCGCAUUCACAUAUCUCCAGAAGUUGCAUUGCAAGCGCGCCACGGACGUUGUCACCAUAAAACCAGAAAGGUGAAUAAUUCUAAUAAGUUUGGUUGUAAUAACGUAAAAAAAAAAAAAAAAAGCAGUUUUUAUAAAAACAACAACAAUAAAUAAAUGUAAAAUGUAAUGCUAAUCGUCAGGAUAAAAAAGACACUCAUUGCUGUUGGACCAGCCUUCGUUAUAGUAGGCCUCAGGGAGGGGUUUUGAACAUAUGAAACGGAAAACAAGCCAUUUUUACAGGUUACAGAUAACUUCAAAAUACGAGAUUCACCGUUAUUCACAGAGGUUCUCAUCUCUCGUUUCAUGACGGGCAUGGACACUUAGCCUACAUCAUGGAGGUGGUUUUAAGCACAUCCAAAACCUGACCUGCAUGGCUAAAAUAAUGUUGGCCUGCCUACAAUGCAUAGAUACAACCUACAAUGCAUAGAUACAAAGGGAAUAUCAGCUCACUGUUUUACUCCUCUCAAAAUUGAUAUUUUAAUAAAGCUUUGGUGAUUCAUAUUUAUUUCCAAGCGUUCUCAGGAGCCAAAUCUUUUAUCGGCAGUCUUGACUGCCUCACGAUUGCAUUGGGCAGACAAAAAAAGCCUUAAUUGAGAGGAGGGGAGGCUAUACUUGGUUUUUAAUACAAUAAAACGAAAUGGGAAAAAACACGAGUUUUUAUGUUUCUAAAUACGAAGUAUACAGGCACCAUUAGGCUAUUCUUGUUCCAUGCGCAUAUGGACAGUGUGCACCGCGGCUGGAUAAAUUGCGUUUCAGCUGUCAAAAUUCAUGCCAUAAGGCUAAAACCAUAUUUUGGUUGGUCUUAAAUAUCUGUGUCAGCGCUGCCUGAAAUUAGCACUUUGGAUCGUGUUUUUAAGGACACACUUAAAAUAUUUCCACCCUGCCCAUCUGAGUGCAAGCGAGCUGAUAUAAGACAGGUACAGUUGAAGUCGGAAGUUCACAUACAACGUAGCCAAAUACAUUUAAACUCAAUUUUUCACAAUUCCUGACAUUUAAUCCUAGUAAAAAUUCCCUGUCUUAGGUCAGUUAGGAUCACCACUUUAUUUUAAGAAUGUGAAUUGUCAGAAUAAUAGUAGAGAGAAUGAUUUAUUUCAGCUUGUAUUUCUUUCAUCACAUUUCCAGUGGGUCAGAAGUUUACAUACACUCAAUUAGUAUUUGGUAGCAUUGCCUUUAAAUUGUUUAACUUGGGUCAAACGUUUUGGGUAGCCUUCCACAAGCUUCCCACAAUAAGUUGGGUGAAUUUUGGCCCAUUCCUCCUGACAGAGCUGGUGUAACUGAGUCAGGUUUGUAAGCCUCCUUGCUCGCCCACGCUUUUUCAGUUCUGCCCACACAUUUUCUAUAGGAUUGAGGUCAGGGCUUUGUGAUGGCCACUCCAAUACCUUGACUUUGUUGUCCUUAAGACAUUUUUCCACAACUUUGGAAGUAUGCUUGGGGUCAUUGUCCAUUUGGAAGACCCAUUUGCGACAAAGCUUUAACUUCCUGACUGAUGUCUUGAGAUGUUGCUUCAAUAUAUCCACAUAAUUUUCCUUCCUCAUGAUGCCAUCUAUUUUGUGAAGUGCACCAGUCCCUCCUGCAGCAAAGCACCCCCACAGCAUGAUGCUGCCACCCCCGUGCUCCACGGUUGGGAUGGUGUUCUUCGGCUUGCAAGCAACCCCCUUUUUCCUCCAAACAUAACGAUGGUCAUAAUGGCCAAACAGUUCUAUUUUUGUUUCAUCAGACCAGAGGACAAUUCUCCAAAAAGUACGAUCUUUGUCCCCAUGUGCAGUUGCAAACCGUAGUCUGGCUUUUUUAUGGCGGUUUUGGAGCAGUGACUUCUUCCUUGCUGAGCGGCCUUUCAGGUUAUGUCGAUAUAGGACUUGUUUUACUGGGAUAUAGAUAUGUUUGUACCUCUUUCCUCCAGCAUCUCCACAAGGUCCUUUGCUGUUGUUCUGGGAUUGAUUUGCAUUUUUAGCACCUAAGUACGUUCAUCUCUAGUAGACAGAACGCGUCUCCUUCCUUAGCGGUAUGACGGCUGCGUGGUCCCAUGGUGUUUAUACUUGUGUACUAUUGUUUGUACAGAUGAACGUGGUACCUUCAGGCAUUUGGAAAUUGCUCCCAAGGAUGAACCAAACCUGUGGAGGUCUACAAUUUUUUUUCUGAGGUCUUGGCUGAUUUCUUUUGAUUUUCCCAUGAUGUCAAGCAAAGAGGCACUGAGUUUGAAGGUAGGCCUUGAAAUACAUCCACAGGUACACCUCCAAUUGACUCAAAUUAUGUCUAUAAGUCUAUCAGAAGCUUCUAAAGCCUUGACCUCAUUUUCUGGAAUUUUCCAAGCUGUUUAAAGGCACAGUCAACUUAGUGUACCAACUUCUGACCCACUGGAAUUGUGAUACAGUGAAUUAUAAGUGAAAUAAUCUGUCUGUAAACAAUUGUUGGAAAAAUUACUUGUAUCAUGCACAAAGUAGAUGUCCUAACCGACUUGCCAAAACUAUAGUUUGUUAACAAGAAAUUUGUGGAGUGGUUGAAAAACUACUUUUAAUGACUCCAACCUAAGUGUAUGUAAACUUCCAACUUUAACUGUAAGUGCGCCAGUUUUUACAUCGGGCUCCCGAGUGGUCUAAGGCACUGCAUCUCAAUGCUAGAGGCGUCACUACAGACCCUGGUUAGAUUUCAGGCUGUAUCACAAACCGACUGUGAUUGGGAGUUCCAUAGGGCGGCGCUCAAUUGGCCCAGCGUUGUCUGGGUUUGGCCGGGGUAGGCUGUCAUUGUAAACAAUAAUUUGUUCUUAACUGACUUGCCUAGUAAAAUAAAAACAUAAUGAAAUUGGAAAUUAACGUGCGUUUGAUUCUAGCGGCAGCUGAAAAUAGAGCCUAAAGAAUGAUAGUAAAAAGCUUUGGAGAACCUUAAGUUUCAUUUUGGGCAAAAACGUGAACUCAGCUCUUUCAUUCAUUGAAUCAGAUGGCUCAUUCAUCACAAAACCCACUGAUCUUGCCCUCCACUUUAAUUAUUUUUUCAUUGGCACAAUUAGCAAACUUAAGCAUGACAUGCCAAAAACAAAUUCUGUACCUACACAUCCAUGCCUAACUGAACGAAUUAUGAAAGACAAGCUUUGUAAUUUUGAAUUCAGUAAAGUGUGUCAAAGAGAUGAAAAAAAUGAUUGUUGUCUAUCAACAAUGAGAAGCCACCUGGGUCUGACAACUUGGAUGGAAAAUUACUAAGGAUGAUUGCGGACAAUUUUGCCACUCCUAUUUGCCAUCUCUUCAAUCUAAGCCUACAGGAAAGUGUGUGCCCUCAGGCCUGGAGGGAAGUAAAAGUCAUUCAAAUCAAAUCAAAUUGUAUUUGCCACAUGCGCCGAAUACAACAGGUGUAGACCUUACAGUGAAAUGCUUACUUACAAGCCCUUAACCAACAAUGCCGUUUUAAGAAAAAUAAGUGUUAAGUAAAAAAUAGAUAAGUAAAAAAUCAAAUAAAAAUAAAAAUUAAAGAGCAGCAGUAAAAUAAAAUAACAGUAGGGAGGCUAUAUACAGGGGGUAUAGAGUCAAUGUGCGGGGGCCGAAUAGCAAAGCACCCUUUACUGGAUCAAACAGCAGACCAAUCAGCCUGUUAGUUUUGGAAAAAAUUGUGAUUGACCAGAUACAAUGCUAUUUCACAGUAAACAAAUUUUAAAACAGAUUUUCAACACGCUUAUAGGGAAGGGCAUUCAACAUGUACGGCACUCACAUUAAGCAUCUCCAAUCCAAAGUUAAAUCUAGAAUCGGCUUCCUAUUUCGCAACAAAGCCUCUAUCACUCAUGCUGCCAAACAUGCCCUCGUAAAACGGACUAUCCUACCCUACCAAUCCUUGACUUUGGUGAUGUCAUUUACAAAAUAGCCUCCAACACUCUACUCAGCAAAUAGGAUGUACUCUAUCACAGUGCCAUCCGUUUUGUCACUAAAGCCCCAUAUACUACCCACCAUUGUGACCUGUACGCUCUCGUUGGCUGGCCCUCACUACAUAUUCGUCGCCAAACCCACUGGCUCCAGGUCAUCUAUAAAUCACUGCUAGGCAAAUCCCUGCCUUAUCUUAGCUAAUUGGUCACCAUAUCAACACCCAACCGUAGUAUGCGCUCCAGCAGGUAUAUCUCACUGGUCAUCCCCAAAGCCAACACCUCCUUUGGCCGCCAUUCCAUCCAGUUCUCUGCUGCUAAUGACUGGAACGAACUGCAAAAAUCUCUGAAGCUGGAGACUCUUAUCUCCCUCACUAACUUUAAGCAUCAGUUGUCAGAGCAGCUUACCGAUCACUGCACCUGUACACAGCCCAUCUGUAAUUAGCCCACCCAACUACCUCAUCCCCAUAUUGUUAUUUAUUUUGCUCAUUUGCACCCCAGUAUCUCUAUUUGCACAUCAUCUUCUGCACAUCUAUCACUCCAGUGUUAAUACUAAAUUGUAAUUAUUUUGCACAAUGGCCUAUUUAUUGCCUUACCUCCAUAACUUACUACAUUUGCACACACUGUAUAUAGAUGUUCUAUUGUGUUAUUGACUGUAUGUUUUGUUUUAUCCCAUGUGUAACUCUGUGUUGUUGUUGUUUUUAUUGCACUGCUUUGCUUUAUCUUGGGCAGGUCGCAGUUGUAAAUGAGAACUUGUUCUCAACUGGCUUACCUGGUUAAAUAAAGUUGAAAAAAAAAGAAAGAAAAAAAGACUAAUGAUUGGUUGAGAGAAAUUGAUAAUACAAAUAUUGUGGGCGCUGUUUUGUUAGACUUGAGUGCAGCUUUUGACAUUAUCGAUAAUAAUCUGCUGCUGGAAAAACGUAUGUGUUAUAGCUUUACAUCCCCUGCUAUAUUGUGGAUAGAGAGUUACCUGUCUACCAGAACACAGAGGGUGUUCUUUAAUGGAAGCCUCUCCAACAUAAUCCAGGUAGAAUCAGGAAUUCCCCCGGGCAGCUGUCUAGGCCCCUUUUUUCAAGCCUUACUAAUGACCUGCCACUGGCUCUGAAUAAAGCCAGUGUGUCUAUGUAUGCUGAUGACUUAACACUAUACAUGUCAGCUACUGUACCACGUCAAUGCAAAACUUAAAGAGCUGCAGUCAGUUUCAGAAUGGGUGGCAAGAAAUAAGUUAGUCCUAAAUAUUUCAAAAACUAAAAGCAUGGUAUUUGAGACAAAUCAUUCACUAAACCCUUAACCUUAACUAAAUAUUGUAAUUAAUAAUGUGGAAAUGGAGUAACCCUGGAAUGUAAAUUGUCAUGGUAAAAUCCUAUUGAUGCAACAGUAGCUAAGGACGGGAGAGGUCUGUCCAUAAUAAAGCACUGCUCUGCCUUCUUAACAACGCUAUCAAGGCAGGUCCUACAGGCCCUAGUUUUGUCGCACCUGGACUACUGUUCAGUCAUGUGGUCAGGUGCAACAAAGAGGGACUUAGGAAAAUUACAAUUGGCCCAGAACAGGGCAGCACGGCUGGCUCUUAAAUGUACUGUACACGGAGAGCUAACAUUAAUGAUAUGCAUGUCAAUCUCUCCUAGCUCAAAGUGGAGAGAUUAACUUCAUCACUACUUGUAUUUGUGAGAAGUAUUGAUAUGUUGAAUGCACCAAGCUGUCUGUUUAAACUACUAGCACAUAGCUCAGACACCCAUGCAUACCCCACAAGACAUUCCUCCAGAGGUCUCUUCACAUUCCCCAAGUCCAGAACAGACAAUGGGAGGCGCACAGUACUACAUAGAGCCAUGACUACAUGGAACUCUAUUCCACAUUGUCUCUUCACAUUCCCCAAGUCCAGAACAGACAAUGGGAGGCGCACAGUACUACAUAGAGCCAUGACUACAUGGAACUCUAUUCCACAUCAAGUAGCUCAUGCAAACAGUAAAAUCUGAUUUUAAAAUAUAAAUACACCUUAUGGAACAGCGGGGACCGUGAAGAGACACACAAACAGGCACAGACACACACACAUGAUAGCAUACGCACUAUACACACACGUACAGUGAGGGGAAAAAGUAUUUGAUCCCCUGCUGAUUUUGUACGUUUGCCCACUGACAAAGAAAUGAUCAGUCUAUCAUUUUAAUGGUAGGUUUAUUUGAACAGUGAGAGACAGAAGAACAACAACAAAAAAUUCCAGAACAACACUUGUCAAAAAUGUUAUAAAUUGAUUUGCAUUUUAAUGAGGGAAAUAAGUAUUUGACCCCCUCUCAAUCAGAAAGAUUUCUGGCUCCCAGGUGUCUUUUAUACAGGUAACGAGCUGAAAUUAGGAGCACAUUCUUAAAGGGAGUGCUCCUAAUCUCAGCUUGUUACUGUAUAAAAGACACCUGUCCACAGAAGCAAUCAAUCAAUCAGAUUCCAAACUCUCCACCAUGGCCAAGACCAAAGAGCUCUCCAAGGAUGUCAGGGACAAGAUUGUAGACCUACACAAGGCUGGAAUGGGCUACAAGACCAUCGCCAAGCAGCUUGGUGAGAAGGUGACAACAGUUGGUGCGAUUAUUCGCAAAUGGAAGAAACACAAAAUAACUGUCAAUCUCCCUCGGCCUGAGGCUCCAUGCAAGAUCUCACCUCGUGGAGUUGCAAUGAUCAUGAGAACGGUGAGGAAUCAGCCCAGAACUACACGGGUGGAUCUUGUCAAUGAUCUCAAGGCAGCUGGGACCAUAGUCACCAAGAAAAUAAUUGGUAACACAGUACGCUGUGAAGGACUGAAAUCCUGCAGCGCCCGCAAGGUCCCCCUGCUCAAGAAAGCACAUAUACAGGCCCGUCUGAAGUUUGCCAAUGAACAUCUGAAUGAUUCAGAGGAAAACUGGGUGAAAGUGUUGUGGUCAGAUGAGACCAAAAUCGAGCUCUUUGGCAUCAACUCAACUCGCCGUGUUUGGAGGAGGAGUAAUGCUGCCUAUGACCCCAAGAACACCAUCCCCACCGUCAAACAUGGAAACAUUAUGCUUUGGGGGUGUUUUUCUACUAAGGGGACAGGACAACUUCACUGCAUCAGAGGGACGAUGGACGGGGCCAUGUACCGUCAAAUCUUGGGUGAGAACCUCCUUCCCUCAGCCAGGGCAUUGAAAAUGGGUCGUGGAUGGAUAUUCCAGCAUGACAAUGACCCAAAACACACGGCCAAGGCAACAAAGGAGUGGAUCAAGAAGAAGCACAUUAAGGUCCUGGAGUGGCCUAGCCAGUCUCCAGACCUUAAUCCCAUAACAAAUCUGUGGAGGGAGCCAGAGGUUCGAGUUGCCAAACGUCAGCCUCGAAACCUUAAUGACUUGGAGAAGAUCUGCAAAGAGGAGUGGGACAAAAUCCCUCCUGAGAUGUGUGCAAACCUGGUGGCCAACUACAAGAAACGUCUGACCUCUGUGAUUGCCAACAAGGUUUUUGCCACCAAGUACUAAGUCAUGUUUUACAGAGGGGUCAAAUACUUAUUUCCCUCAUUAAAAUGCAAAUCAAUUUAUAACAUUUUUGACAUGCGUUUUUCUGGAUUAUUUUGUUGUUAUUCUGUCUCUCACUGUUCAAAUAAACCUACCAUUAAAAUGAUAGACUGAUCAUUUCUUUGUCAGUGGGCAAACGUUCAAAAUCAGCAGGGGAUCAAAUAUUUUUUUCCCUCACUGUACACAUGGAUUUUGUGUUGUAGAUGUGUGGUAGUAGAGUAGUGGCCUGAGGGCACACACUUAAUGUGUUGUGAACUCCGUUGUGAAAUGUAAUGUAAUGUUUUUUUAAAUUGUAUUUUCCACAUUUUGUUACGUUACAGCCUUGUUCUAAUAUUGAUUCAAUUGUUUUUUUCCCCUCAAUCUACACACAAUACCCCAUAAUAUGACGAAGCAAAAACAGGUUUUUAGAAAAAAAUAAAAUAAUGGAAAUAUCAAAUUUACAUAAGUAUUCAGACCCUUUACACUGUACUUUUUGAAGCACCAUUGGUACAGCCUAGAGUAUUCUUGGGUAUUGUCACGAUCGUCGUAUCGAGUAGACCAAGGCGCAGCGUGUUGAGCGAACAUACUUUAUUUAAUUAAAGUGCACACACGAAUAACAAAACAACAAACGAUACCGUGACGUCCUAAGUCUAAACACAACCAACUGGAACAAGAUCCCACAAACACUAAGGGAAAACCGACAGUUUAAAUAUGGCUCCCAAUCAGAGACAACCAGCCACAGCUGACACUCGUUGCCUCUGAUUGGGAGUCACUCAGGCCAACAAAUAAAUAAACAAACUAGAACUCCCAACAUAGAAACAGAACACAUAGAAUGAACACACCCUGGCUCAACAUAUAGAGUCCCAGAGCCAGGGUGUGACAGGUAUGAUGCUAUAAGCUUGGCACACCUGUAUUUGCGGAGUUUCUCCCAUUCUUCUCUGCAGAUCCUCUCAAGCUCUGUCAGGUUGGAUAGACAGUCGCUGCACAGCUAUUUUCAGGUCUCUCCAGAGAUGUUCGAUCGGGUUCAAGUCCGGGCUCUGGCCGUUCAAGGACAUUCAGAGACUUGUCCCGAAGCCACUCCAGAAUUGUCUAGGCUGUAUGCUUAGGGUCCUUGUCCUGUUAGAAGGUGAACCUUCGCCCCAGUCUGAGGUCCUGAGCACACUGGAGCAGGUUUUCAUCAAGGAUCUCUCUGUACUUUGCUCCGUUCAUCUUUCCCUCGAUCCUGACUAGUCUCCCAGUCCCUGCCGCUAAAAAACAUCCCCACAGCAUAAUGCUGCCACAACCAUGAUUCAUAGUAGGGAAGGUGCCAGGUUUCCUCCAGAUGUGACGCUUGGCAUUCAGGCCAAAGUGUUCAAUCUUGGUUUCAUCAGAUCAGAGAAUCUUGUUUCUCAUGGUCUGUCCUUUAGGUGCUUUGGCAAACUCGAAGCGGGUUGUCAUCUGCCUUUUACUGAGGAGAGGCUUCCAUCUGGCCACUCUAUCAUAAUAAGGCCUGAUUGGUGGAGUGCUACAGAGAUGGUUGUCCUUCUGGAAGGUUCUCCAAUCUCCACAGAGGAACUAUCGGGUAUCGGGUACUUGGUCACCUCCCUGACCAAGGCCCUUCUCCCCCGAUUGCUCAGUUUGGCCGAGCUGCCAUCUCUAGUCUUAGUGGUUCCAAUCUUCUUCCAUUUAAGAAUGAUGGAGGGCACUGUGUUCUUGAGGACCUUCAAUGCUGAAACCGAGAUACCCCUUUCGAUUCUCAAAGUAAUGUUCUGGGCAUACUGCCAAAUUGCUUAUACUGAUAGAUUGUGCCUGGGAGGAAUCCUCACUAUCAGACACUUGCAUGAACCCAGUCGAAUUGGUUAUUAGAAAAACACAAACAUAAAAUCUUCCCUCACAGUACCCUUCCCCAGAUCUGUGCCUCGACACAAUCCUGUCUCAGCGCUCUACGGACAAUUCCUUCGACCUCAUGGCUUGGUUUUUGCUCUGACAUGCGCUGUCAACUGUGAGACCUUAUAUAGACAGGUGUGUGCCUUUCCAAAUCAUGUACAAUCAAUAGAAUUUACCACAAGUGGACUCCAAUCAAGUUGCAGAAACAUCUCAAGGAUGAUCAAUGGAAACAGGAUGCACCUGAGCUCAAUUUCGAGUAUCAUAGCAAAGGGUCUGAAUACUUAUGUAAAUAAGGUAUUUCAGUUUUUUAUUUGUAAUACAUUUAGAAACAUUUCUAAAAACCUGUUUUCGCCUUCUCGUAAUGUGUAAAUUGAUGAGGAUUAUAAAAAAAAAAAUCAAUUUUAGAAUAAGGCUGUAACGUAACAAAAUGUGGAAAAAGUCAAGGGGUCUGAAUACUUUCCGAAUGCACUGUAUAUUUAUUGUAACGGCCUUAAUUUUGCUGGACCCUAGGAAGAGUUAAUGGGGAUCCAUUAUAAAUACAAAUACAAAAUGGCAGCAAUGGAGUUGGCAACGGCACAAACAAAUCUGUAACCUCAACUUUGGCUGGAUAACCUUUUUAUAUAGUUAUAUUUGAAGAGGAGUUAUGAUGUGAUGUUCAAAUCUGCUGUAUAUUUUAGAAUAAUUAAAACAAGGACUGAUGUGAUAUCAUAUGUCAUGCGUGCGUGCAUGCACGUUUUGAAGAACAAUGAGCAAUGGAUAGUGUGAAGUGCAGGUGGAGAAGAGGUCGCUGCAGAAUAGGAGCUCUCCAUGCUUUUAGAGAGAGUGAUUGUUUUACUAAGAUAAUGUACAUUUGGCACUGCCUCAAAGGAAUGACUGAUAGUGUUGAUGCAUUGGUCGGGUCCUUGUCUGACAUUUGUUUUAAAGAAAGUCUCUUUGUUUUUCACAAGACAGUGGUGAAAGAGUGGAAAUCAAACAUUUGACACAUUUCCUGGGAAAACAAUAUUGGAGAGCAGAUUCACACAGGUCCUUUUAUUGACAGAUUUCAAUCUCUUUAAAUCAACCUGUGAAUCACUCUUUGAGCGGGUUGAAAUGAUUUAGCAGUAGAAGCACUGUUUUUCGCCAGUCUCUACAGUACAGUUUUGUGAGUCUGAAAAUUAGUCUCUAAAUGUCUCUCUAAAUGUCUCAAUGCUACUGUAGCUCUGCUUUUCCUACCUCUGCUCACGCAGGUCCUUUUGUUGACAGAUUAAAUCACAUUGAAUCAACCUGUAAAUCAUUAUUUGAGUGGUUUGAAAUUAUAAGCAGUAAGCACUGUACUCACAAUGCCUCCUCUCAGGGGAAGGCUCUUUUUGACAGUAAUGCAGGGGAUCAAAUACUUUUUUCCCUCACUGUACAUGUUUUUCUCCCAAAUGUUUUUUUACCACUUUUGUGACUUUCUAUCUUAAAAUUUCUCUAAGGAUAGAAAGCUGCUUUUGAAACGUUGAAUCCCUGAUGAUGAAAAGCCAACUGACGUUGAAUCUUGAAGUGUUGAAGUGGUGCACCCUCUAUAGCCAUCAUAGUUAUUAUCUAACCCUGCUGAUCAUCUAUGAACAUUUGAACAUCUUGAAAAACGAUCUGGCCUUAAAUGACCACUUAGAUCUCUACCCAGUACAGCCAGAAGAGGAAUGGCAACGCCUCAGAGGCUGGUUUCUCUCUAGGUUUCUUCCGUGCCUUCUAGGGAGUUUUUCCUAGCCACUGUGCUUCUGCCUCUACAUUGCUUGCUUGCUCUUGGGGAUUUUAGCCUGGGUAUCUGUAAAGCACUUUGUGACAACUGCUGAUGGGCUUUAUAAAAUACAUUUGAUUGAUUGAUAAAAAUGAAGGUCUUUCAAUGUGUGUUGAUACCUCUGCUGACGCAUGCCAGUCUCAUGGAAGAAUGGUUUAUUAUUUGUGUCGUGACGUGACUUACUUUAAUGUAUGACUGUUAUUUAUCGAAUCACCUCACUAUGUUUAAUUGUUUAAUUGUCACUCGAUUAAAUUAAUCAUGUCAAAAUGUAUGCACGCAUGACUGUAAGUCGCUUUGGAUAAAAGCGUCUGCUAAAUCGCAUAUUAUAUUAUAUAACUAAUUAGGAAUUUGGGGCACCACGGAAUAGGUUGUUUAACGAGUUACCAUCUCCUGAAUUAAACUCUUAGAAGAUAUAUAUGUUAUAUAUCGAUAACAGUCACUUAUCAAAUAAUUACCUCUUAUCAGUCUCAUUCUGAAUGUUGCAUAAUCCUUGAACCUGCAAGAACCCUAACCUUAUUGAUGAAUCAGCAAUACACAAAUUGGCUUAACUAUUUAUUUACUAACUAACUAAAUAAUAACACAAUACAAACACACACACACACAUAGGCUAUUGAUUACUAACAUAAUACAAUGAAAACAGGUCCCUAGUGGACUGGACUAACAAUAGCAUGAAUGCUUGGGUAGAAGGAGGGUCAGAGUGGAAGGGAGAGAGAGAUUCAAACUAUCGUGGUUCCUUUGGAGACUAUGCUCACAGUAAUCAUAAUACUUAUGCACCCUAAUAACGCUCAUUCGGAUUAGAAAUGCAACAUGUAUUUACGUGUAGCUGUCCUCGAUAGUUGAGUUGAUGAUGUAGGACUCUGGUUUUCCCACCAGAGAUCCCAAUGUCCUUGGUAAAGUUUCUGGUCGUAGUUGUGGUUAGAAUGGAUACUUCAGAUGUACCUGCGGUUGUCUAAGAGGGAUUGUCCUCUCUUCUCGUGUCUUUAGUGAAAGUUCUCUAGACAACUAUACAUGCCAGCUGCAGACUGAAAUGAUAAGAUCUAGUGUAUUGUUUUCGUCUUCACCUCGUGUAGAGGUUGAGAGUUUCAGAGUUUCUCCAUUUCAAACGUGUGGACUAACGUCUCACGUUUUCUGGUCUUUCUGGUCUAACCAUUUUGUAACAUGUAGCUUCAGCUUCACGCUUCUUGGUCUUGUAGAAAUUCAACCAUUUGCAACAUCCGGCUUAUACCGUAGUAUGCUUGGUCUUCCUUUGGUAAUGGAGUUGUAGUUUUAAAACAUUUUGUAACGUUUAGCUCACACUUCACGUCUGCUGGUCUUGUAGAGUGUCAACCAUUUUAAGCCGGGGGCUUCCUGGUCUAGCAGAAAUUCAACCAUUUGCAACGUUUAGCUCACGCUUCACGUCUGCUGGUCUGAGGUGAAUUUCGUCACAAGGCUUUUUAUGCACUCAGGGUAAAAGCGGCGUUCCAUCAUGUUUGUGCUCAUCUGGGUGUGGCCGCUCAUCUGGGUGUUUUCCACUUUUGGAUGUUGGAGUCUUGGCGGGAAAACUUCCUUUGUUAACAAAGGGGUCCUUUCUCCCAAUACUUCAUGGCAAGGAAGAGAAAGUCUGCACGGUAUUUACGCCCGGUCAUAAAACUGGAAAGGGGGUGUUCAAACCUUUGCCUAGCCGGCAUGUUUGAUCCUCAACCCAUGAGGGCAAGUCAUGACAUUUGUAAUAAUUUGUUUACCCGCUGAGGAUGUUUAAAAACUAUUACAACCUAUUAUGAUUGACAUUUAAUCUGUCCUUCCCAGUUACUCAUUCAAUGUUAGCAUCAAGUACAUUCUGAAAGUACACACAAUGUUGAUAUAUUGCACAUGACUUGCACAUGUUCUUUCUCCUAACUCGUCUUCUAUAUAUGUUGGUAAAGUAAUUGCCCAUUGUUUUUGACAUUUAAUUUAAUUGAAUAUACUGUUUACAGCUUUGAUACUGCCAAUGACUGUACCGUAUGUUCUCUCUCCUAUAGUUGGUCUUCUUUAUGGUGGUGAAGACUCUGUACACCCUGGGCCACAGUUUGUCUUUGAUUGCCCUCACAACCGGGAGCGCCAUCCUCUGUGUAUUCAGGUGAGAGUUAGGCUGCAUCCCAAAUGGCACCCUAUUCCCUAUAUAGCACACUAAUAGUAGUGCUUAAUAUACAAAAUAGGGUGGCAUUUGGGAUACAGACGUAGUUACGUACAGUAGAGAAGACCCUCUGUUCUGAGCAGCAGGGUAUUGUAAGGGUUGGGGUGAGGUGUGACCCAGGUGCGGUGCAGGAUAUACAGUAGGCAGUAGGCAGAGAUGGUGAAACAAGGAUCUUAACUGGUGGUCCCGAAGCCAAAAUACAAAAUAAUGGACUUAUCACGAUAAAAGAAAGGCGGAGCAAAUAAGUCUCCAAAAACCGUCUGACAGCCAAAAUAAGAAAUACUACCUAAGACUGAAACAAAUAACGAAACAGGGAGAACACUUCUCAAGUACCUGUACAUAGAUCUCAGAUCAGACACUGAGUAGUACUGCUCGACAUAGAGAAACUAGCAGAGAAAACUGUGCAAGGGAACACAGGGAAGUGAGGGCAUAAAUACACAGGUGAACCGAUAGACACAGGUGACACCAAUAGUAUGAUGAUUAGUCUCGACUGUGAGUGAGGAGGUGCCUAAGGUUGUUGGAGGAUGACACCUAGUGGGUCGCUCCGGAACUGCGACCCCCUCCUGUAACAGGUAUUGGAUCAACAAACCAGAGAUCCUCUGAUUAACGAUUACCUCUGCCACCCCCUUUAUAGAAAACUCCACUGCACUCGGAACUACAUUCACCUCAACCUGUUCUUUUCAUUCAUCCUGAGGGCGGUGGCGGUCCUUGUGAAGGACGACAUCCUCUUCUCUCGCAGCAAUCAGUGUUCUGAGCUGCCUUCACUGGUGAGCCAGAAUGUUUAUCAGCCUGCAUAUCUCUGGUUCUUAUAGUUCAUUCACAAUUCAGACUGAUGUGUAUUUGUAUAGAUUUGCUUGGAAACAUGUUUCUUUCACUUCUUCUUUGAGAAUGAGGUACAGAAUUCAGUUUCCUUUGGACACAUAUUUUGGUUCUUGUACCUUCAGUUCACUUUGAUUAUGUUUCUGUGGGUAUACUUUGAAAUGAGUGUUUUCCACUUCUUUGUCUAUCAGAAUAAGGACAUGGAAUUCAGUUUCCAUGUAGACACACACGUUUGUUAUUUGUGUUGAGUGUCCGGUAAUUUCUCUUUGUAUAACAGCACAAGUGAUGUGCUACAAUGUUGUUCCAGAUCGGAUGCAAGGCGAGCCUGGUGAUUUUUCACUACUUUAUAAUGGCCAACUUCUUCUGGUUGCUGGUUGAGGGCCUCUACCUCCAUAUGCUGCUGAUUGUCAUGUUCUCUGAAAAUAGACACUUCAUAGUUUAUCUUCUCAUUGGCUGGGGUAAGCUACUCAUUAAUAUAUACUGUGUGCAAUGUAUCAACAACAGUGAGGAACAUACAGUACAUCCAAUCCAUUCAUACUUUCAGAUGUAUUCUCCUCUCUGUUUCAGGAAUCCCAACAGUGUUUGUUUCUGCAUGGGUUAUUACAAGGGUUUAUUUUGAGGAUACUGGGUGAGUUACCUUGGAAAUCAUAAAUGUACAUGAUUGAUAGGGUGUUGGAUUAUUUUCCUGUGUGAUUGCCAGACUGAAUGUACAUGUGCUGUUUGUCUUGGAUUGGAUGAUAUAAUUUGUCAAUUCAGAUUCAUGUGAUUAUCAAAUUAAUCAAGCAUUGGCAACCUUUAUCAUUUUGAUUUAAUGCUCAAAUCAUUUUGAACCAGUACAACGUGCUGUGCUUAGGUUAGUAUGGGCAGGGAUGCAUGGAACGUGGUUACUAACAUCCUCAUAUGGGUUUUUCCUAUUCCUUCAGAUGCUGGGAACAGAAUGAUAACCCAAUCCCCAUGUGGGUGAUCAAUGUACCCAUAGGAAUCUCCAUCAUGGUGGGUAUCCAACAUCUAUCCUGACCUAUUGCUGCUGCAAUUCCCUUUACCACAUGCAGGAUCCAACUGCUGCUAUAUCCAGGCAUUAACUAAACAGGUGUCCACCAGAUAAGUAAAUGUCACACAGAGGAUGUGUCCCAAAUGGCACCCAUCCCCUAUACAGUGCACUACUAUUGACCAGAGCCUUAUGGGCCCUGCUCAAAGGUAGUGUACUGAAAAGGGAAUAGGUUGCCAUUUGGGAUGCAGACAUAGAAUAUUCAGAUCUGUCAAGCUAGCUCAUACUGGGAGCUGAUAUGACUUUAAUAGCAAAAGCAUGCUACAUUUAUGUAGUUGCUCUGCAUGCAUGUGAAUUGAUGCAGUUCCUGGAUAUAAUUAAAGGUUGCUGAGCUAACUGCCCUUCAAAAGCAAUGCAGUGAACCAAAUUGACUAAAUAUACAAAUAUGUGUUGUAUUUAUAUGAUAAUAUAUAAUAUUAUAUAUCAUAUCUGUUGACUGGAUUUCCAGGUGAACUUCCUCCUGUUCAUCAGUAUUAUAAGAAUCCUGGUUCAGAAAUUGAGGUGUCCUGAUGUGGGUGGCAACGACCAGUCACAAUACAGGUAUGGGUUGUUGUACCAAAGUAGGCAUGUGUUACUGCACUCAGGCAAAAGACAAUGAAUACUCAACAAUGGAGUGUAUCAACAUUCCUAUGUCACGACACUUAAAUGCCACAGUAUGCAAUUGCAUGCCACUGACGUGGUAUUUUAGUUUCCAUCUCAGGCCAAAGACAUGCAGCCUGAAGGUGUUCUAUAGUGCAGACUGCAGAGUGAAACAAGAUUCGGGCUAAGCUAUAGAGGUGGUCAUCACAGCACGCCUUUGCCUUUAGGGAGAAAUAUUCCCAUCUGGUCAGCGAGGGGAUUUAAGGGAUAAGAGGCGGGUGGUGAUGCUAAGCCUGGAUGAGCUGAUGUCUACUGUUACAGCAUAACCCACCUUAGUGCUAAUAAUCACAGGUUGGCACUUGGCAGUUAUUACCCCUUUAUGACUUAGGAGGCAUCUCAAAUGGCACCCUAUUCCCUACAGGGCCCAUAGGUCUCUGGUAGGAAGUAGUGCACUAUUUAGGGAAAAGGGUGCCCUUUGGGAUGCAGAUCUUACUCACACUGCAGCACAAAGCCAUCUCUGAGUUCAAACAAGUCUGCUGAUGACUAUCUGCUUCCCUGAAAACCUUCUGAGGAAAUUCUCAGUAACCAGAAGGGUAGCAUGACCAAAGAGUGAGAAAUAAACUCUGUAAUCUGUGCAGUCUGUUCAGGUUUUAGAAAGGCUAAAAUGCUGCCUCUUCAGAGAUAUAUAUCCCUGAGAAUAUAUGACAAAGUAAAUCUGAAUGACCGCUCUUGUGGGAAAAGGCUGUGGACGGCUGGGUAAAAACGUAGAUAAAGACCGCGGUUUAUUUUGGGUGCCCUGUUGUUGGUGGGAUAUUCUCUAUGCCACUCUAUACACAUUGCACGUUAUUGAGCUGCAUAUUUAUGGGAUUCUAGAGAAACUCCAGACAUGCUUUAUGUAAAGAGAUCAUCAACAAGGGAAUGUGGAAAUAAUCCAUGAUACCGGGGUGUGAUGUUGACCUGACGUCAGUGGAGGUUGGUGAGGGGAGGACGGCUCAUAAUAAUGGCUGGAAUGGAGUAAAUGGAAUGGUAUCAAAAGUUUGAUACCAUUCCAUUCACUCCAUUCCAGCCAUUACACUCCAUUAAUAUAAGCCGUCCUCCCCUCAGCAGCCUCCACUGCCUGACGUGCAUUCGCACAGCCCCUUGUUGAUUAUCCCUUACGUAUUCCAUUGAUGUGUGCGUGUACUAAAUAGCAUGAGGACGCACACCCAAAAUAGUUUGAAAAGUGCCAACUAACAGAAACUAGCUGUAAACAAAUUAUUAAAGAAAGUUGCAUACACUAUAUGUUCCCAAUAAUUUAAAUGGGUAAACACCAACGUUUCGGCACCAACGUUUUGUGGACAUAUAACCAACAAUUAUUAUUAUAUUAUACAGUAUAUUAUUGAAUAUAACAGUGUGAAGUCUCUAGGUCCCCUGCAUACAGUAUCUGUAAGUCGCUCUGGAUAAGAGCGUCUGCUAAAUUAUGUAAAUGUAAAUGUAUCUCUGUAAUAUUGUGUGUGUGGUUUCAGGAGGUUGGCCAAAUCCACUCUCCUGCUGAUCCCUCUGUUUGGCAUCCAUUACGUUGUCUUUGUGUCUCUCAAUGAAGCCAUGGCAGAUUACAAAAUCUUCUUUGACCUCGCUAUCGGAUCCUUUCAGGUAAAACUGAUCCUUUUUGCAUAUUUUAAUCAUAUUUAAUAUCUUCUGGCUAUAUUUGGCAUUGUUUUUAUGGAUUGUUUGUGUUUUUGGUUGUCUCUCAUUUGCAAGACUUUCUGUUGAUGUUCUAUUGGCAGGGCCUGGUGGUUGUCAUUCUGUACUGUUUCUUAAACAGUGAGGUAAGCCAUUGUCUUUAAGCUCUCGCCUUAAUUGUUGUUUGUUUUAUUCUGGAAUUAAAUGGUUGCCUUGGGGACUAAUGUCUCAAUGAAGAAGACAAACAGCAGUGUAAAUGAUUAGUGACAGUGUCUUCCUUGGGUCAAAUUGGGAGGAAAAGUGAAAGCUUUUAUGAAAGCUAUUGUGGAAAACAAGGUUUUAACUGAUUAAGAUAAAUUUUUACAGUAUAGUUAGGGAGGUAUUUUGUUAGCAGUUGAUAAAAAUUGACAUUUUAAAUGUUGUCUGCUUUGUUUUCAUUGUAGCAAAUCGACGAGGACAGGAUUAUAUUGAAACAUUAUAUAGUAUAGCUAUGUAGUGAUGGAUGUCAACUAGUUUUCCCUUUGUGCUAAGAGAUUUAUCUUCCUACUUCAGGUUCAAGGGGAACUGAAGAGAAAAUGGCAGAGUAUAUGCCUCAACUGCCAUAUGGCCAGAAACUACACCCAGCACAACACUUAUGCCUCCAGAAACGGCUCAGAGAACAUAGCUCAGUUCCAACGUAACUGUCGUGCCCAGUCCUUCCUGCAGACGGAGACCACUGUA